GUCGAACGUUUGAAAAAGAGAUUAAAUGGAAAAUUACGAUGUUCUGAGCCACCCUAUAAUUAGGGAAAAUCGAUGCUAUCGAUAGGUAGCAACGUUUCUAACUUCCCUCGUUUCAGAACUUUGGGUAUUAAAAGACGGAUUACCUACCCUUGUUCUCUUAAUGGCAAUAUAUUUCUUAGAAUCGAAACCUUUUGUCGAUAUAUUAAGAAAAUAACCUGGCGGUUAAUCUGGACGUAACACCCUCAGUUUAUCAUAAGAUAAAUAUAAAUCUCAUAGGAUUUCAAUAACGACUCUCGAAUAAACAAUAAACAGAGCCUGACAACAACAAAAAUAUGAACGCCACCGACGCCGAAUCUCGAAAACCGAAAAAUAAACCUAGUUCUGAGUCUUCGUCGUCUUCUGAUUACAUGUCGGGGUCCACAAGUGGAUCAAGUGAUGGAGAAGUGUCUUCCAAAACAUAUUUCAAAAAUAACAAAUCAAAAGUUCUAUCAGAGCAAAGGGAAGUCGUAUUGGAAGUAGUACGUGAUCUAUCAUAUACUAUAUGCAAGGAAGCAGAAGAAAAAUUAGUUGAAAGAUUUCCUAGAGAGGAUGGAUCGAAUGAAAUUCUUCCCAAGGAAGAUAGCAUAAAUACUAACCAUAAUUACACAACGGAUUCGAAUGAACACCCAGUAGAACUAAUGACAAAGACAGAAGAAUGUAAAAAUACAGAGAAGACUAAAAAAAAAUCUUUUGUGCGAGCUCUCUCCAAAGAAAAACAACUAUCCGCCUAUAGAAGCCUUUCUGGAAACACACGUUUAAGUUAUUCUGGACACAUUAGCCGAACUCAUUCAGUAGAAAAAAGUCUAUCAAGAUAUAAAAAAAGUGUAUUAAGAAAUCGAAGAACUUCCUUUGGACACGGCCGAGAUUCUUCUACGACCAAAAGGUCUGUCUCCAGGGACAAGGACAAUCGACUAAGACAAAGAAUGGGAUCUAGCAGAAGCCGAACUAGAUCUCACAGUCGAUUUCGAAGGCCGGAAAAGAAGCUUCCAUCAAGAUAUCCACGACGAAUUCGUUCACAAGAUAGACGACAUGAAGGAUAUCGUUCGAUGUCGUCAGAUUAUGAAAGGCUACCGUUACGCCGAUCUGAGCCAAUCAAAAGAAGAGAUGAAGAUGAAAGAAGAGACGAAUUGAAUUUACCACCCGAAAAAUUGCGUAUGAUGCAGGCAGAAAUUACGGACAAAUCAUCGGCUGCAUAUCAAAGUAUAGCUCGGGAAGCUCUUGAGAAAUACAUACAUGGUUACAUCAAUAAAGUCAAUGUGGAUUGUGUUGCAGUUAUCGCCCGAAAAUUGCUUAAGGAAAAUAUAGUACGUGGUAGAGACGUGCUUUGCCAUUCCAUAAUACAAGCUCAAGCUGCAUCGCCAACAUUUACCCAUGUUUAUGCCGCCAUGGUGGCCAUUAUUAAUUCAAAAUUUCCCAAUAUUGGGAAAUUGCUGUUGAAACGUUUGGUCAUACAGUUCAAACGAGCAUUUGGGUGUAACGAUAAGAAUUGUUUGUCUUCUUCACAUUUUAUUGCUCACUUGGUUAAUCAAAGGGUGGCACAUGAAAUUUUGGCCCUAGAAAUUCUAACACUCUUAAUUGAAUCGCCGACUGAUGAUAAUGUUGAAGUGGCCAUAACAUUUCUUAAGGAAUGUGGUAUGAAAUUGACAGAGGUAUCAUCGGAUAGGGUUGGAGGCAUUUUUGAAUUGCUUAAAAAUAUCUUGCAUCAAGGCAAGUUGGAUAAACGUGUACAAUAUAUGAUUGAAGUUUUAUUUCAAGUACGCAGAGAUGGCUUUAAAGACCAUCAAUCGAUUAUUGAGUCCUUAGAAUUGGUAGAAGAAUAUGCUCAAUUCACUCAUUUGCUAUUGUUGGAAGAUGUCACAUACCCGAAAGAUAUAUUGAACGAAUUUAAAUUCGACGAUCAGUACGAGACCAAUGAAGAGAAAUAUAAAGCACUUAGUAAGAAUAUUUUGGGUAGCCAUGCUUCAGAUUCGGAUGGCUCCUUCGGUUCGGGUAGUAAUUCCGAAACUGCAUUAUCUGACUGUGAUAAGGGCAAAAAUGAGGUUAAUGAUAAAUACACGAGUGGUGGCAUUAUUGAUGAAACGAAACCGAAUCUGAUUGCGUUAAGAAGAACAAUAUAUCUUACCUUAAAUUCCAGUUUCGAUUAUGAGGAAUGUGCCCAAAAAUUAAUGAAAAUGCAAUUGGAAACUUGUCAAGAAAAUGAGUUUUGCCAAAUAUUGUUAGAUUGCUGCGCUGAACAAAGAACCUAUGCGAAGUUCUAUGGCCUUUUAGCCCACCGAUUUUGUAAAAUUAACAAGUCUUAUAUAGAACCAUUCAAAGAAAUCUUCAAGGAUAUCUGUCAGACUACGCAUUGUUUAGAUACAAAUCGUUUGCGGAAUAUAAGCAAAUUCUUUGCUCAUUUGUUGUUUACCGAUGCAAUUAGUUGGGAUGUUUUAGACUGCAUAAAGCUAACUGAAGGUGACGCAAUAACAUCACGUUGUAUUUUUAUAAAAAUUUUCUUUCAAGAAUUGGUCGAAUACAUGGGUCUGGAUCACUUUAAUAAAAAACUUAAGACUGAAGUUUUAGCUGGAACUUUGGCGGGACUAUUCCCCAAAGAUAAUCCCCGAAAUAUACGCUUCUCCAUUAACUUUUUCACAUCCAUUGGUUUGGGCGGAAUAACUAAUGAAUUGUGUCAACUCCUAAAGAUUGCUCCGAAAUCUGCACCCUCGUCCUCAUCAUCAAGUUCUUUAUCAUCGGAAUUGUCUGCACCAUCCGACGACGAUUCUUCAAGUGAUUCAGAAAAUAAGAAAAAACAUAAAGGCAAAAAUAAGAAAAUGACCAAGAAGAAAAAUUCUUCGAAAAAAAAAGGAAAAAACUAAAAAAUUUGUAGGUAAAAAUAAAAUAGCCGCUAAGAAUAAAACUAUAAAGCGAAGGACUGACAAAGACAACUCUUCUUCAAAAGAUAAUUUUUUGAAAAGCGAAAGUAGCAGCAACGAAUCAAUAUCUUCAGAUAGUUUAUCUUCGGAAUUGUUUGCACCAUCGCCUUUUUCGUCGUCGGAAUCUUCAAAUGAUUCAGAAAGUAAGGAAAAACAUAAAGGCAAAAAUAAGAAGAUGACCAAAAAGAAAAAUCCUUCGAAUAAAAGGGAAAAAACAAAAAAAAAUUAAGUAAAAAUAAAAAAGCCCCAAACAAAAAUACUAAGAAGCGAAUGACAGAAAAGGACAUUUCUUCCUCUGAAAGUAGAAUCAGUGAAUCAAAAUCUUUAAACAGUUCGGCCUCGGACCAAAAUGAGAAUGAAAAACGGAAGAAAAGGGUUACAUCGAAGUCAAGAACAAAACGGAUUAAGAUGGUUAAACAAUCUCAAUGGGUAGACGCGGACAAUCAACGAGAUAUUAAACGUAAGAAAAGGGCAGAAUAUGGAUAUGAACCUCUUGUAGAUAGAAAAAGAAAUGAGGAAUAUUUAAAGAAGGGCGGACCAGAUUGCAGGAAAGAUAAAUAUGGUAAUAAGCAGAAUCAUGAAAUAUCACAACGUCAUGAUAGUGAAAUUAAAAGACGCCGGGAAGAGCGAAAAAAAACGCCACCAUGAAAAAAAUCACUCACGUGAAUAUACACGUUCUAAAUUAGGGCUCUGCCAGAGGGAAUAUUUUUUAUAUAUGUGCUGUCAGUUUUAUUAUCCAUGUACAUUUCAAUGUUUAUGUCAAAAUUGUCAUUUACAUACUACUCCUAAUUUUGGAACAACUCUAGUCAAGAUCCCGCAUGGACCCGGAUCCACUUACCCGAUAUAGACAAUAUGGGUAUCGAUUGAAAGAUUAUGGAAAUACCUAUCCAUCAAGUGGUCACAUGAAUUUGUCAUGGUUCGUAAGUUAUAGUCAAAAUAUCG